CAAUGGGCUCGUCGCAGAAAGGAAUAGCCUGUGCCGGGUCUUCAGAGAAAUCCUGGCCUCGGCUCCAUGCCCCUGAGCAGCCCCACCCUGGCUCAACCGGUUACCCGCCCUGCCGGCAAGCCGGGGUCACUGCAGUCCCCGUGGCGAAGCAGGGUCAGCUCAGCUCACCGCACCCCACUCCAUCCAGCCCUGCCCAUCUCUACGGCAACGGGCCGGGUCGACCAGGGCUGCAGCCCAGAGACAAUCUCACCGCUUCCGUAGCCCCCCCGGGCUCUGUGCGCAUGUGUGACACUCCCUCCCCGGCCCCGCCCCCGUAUGCGUCUCCCAGGCAACGCGCCGCGCGGGGCUCCAGGUUCCGCCCAGGGACUAACUCCAGGUCUGCGCGCGUCCAACGCGCAUGGCCCGCAACCGUUCUCCGCGCGUCCAACGACCAUGGCUUCCAACCGGCCUCCGUGCGCUCAACGACCAUGGCUCCCAACCGGCCUCCAGUUUCCAACUGUUUCUCGAACAGGGAAGCCGCCAUGACACAACUGACUACGCCCUCGUUCACAGGGGACCCGAGAUCCUCCACGAUUUACGGGACCGGCGCCACCUCGGGCUCGAACCACCCUCUCUAUAGGGCCGCCGCUAAGUAA